AGUUCACCAGCUACCUUAAAGACAGUGUAAAGAAACAAAAAAACUGAAGAAAUACAUGAAGAAAUAUCUUACGUGAACAUCCGCUGUUGCAACAUUACCAACUAAACAUAGACUGUAGAAACCAACGUAACUUGUUUUUCCUGUACCAAGAAAUGAAAAUUACCAAUGAGCGUUAUCGGUUUUUGGAAACACGAACUGGGGGAAUUUCCGCCAGAAUUCGCACCCACGGCUAAGGGACCGCCAGCGGUGUGCGAGGCGCGAGCGUCUCCUUCCUGGAAGCUCCAAUUGCAGAGACCGCGGUGGGCGUGGUUUCCCGGACGCACCUGCCGCACUGACAGUUUCAGACAAUUCAGCUGCAUAUAUCGAGCGAAGAAAAGAACCUCAAAGACAAUUUGACGGUGUUGCCGGAGAGCCUGGUGGUGGUGAGGGUCCCCACAGUCCCUGUCGCCUUUGCUGGACCACGUGGCCCCCCAAUGGCGACUCCCGCAGCGACUCCCCCCUCCAAGACCAAGCAGCGACGGGGGCGGAUGAGAGCCCAGCUGCCGCACUGCUACCAUGAGGGAUACCUGGAGAAGCGCUCUCCGAAUGACAGGGUGUCUCAAAGGCUGUGGACGUGCCUGUGUGGGAACACUCUGUUUUUCUUCAACAACAGCAAGGACAGCAAUUAUGUGGAAAAGCUGGAGCUGAGUGGCUUCGUGUCCCUGACAGACGACAACAACCGAGACCGAAACCUGGAAGCAAGGCGACUCAACCUGCGCUUGAAGGAUGGGGAGGUCAAGCUGAUCGUGCCUACUCUGGAGGCCCGCGAGCUCUGGAAGGGCUUCAUUUAUGCUGUUGCUGAGCUCUCAGUGCCCAGCUCAUUGAAUCUGCUCCCAGGUCAGCUACACUUGCUGAGGGAAGUGGUUCAGAAGGAGAGAGAGAGGCGCAAACCCCUCACCAUCGCACAAGAGCCGGCCAGCAAUAUUUACCUCUCCUUGUUGGGAGACAUGCCAACAUGUUACCGGAAGGUGUCUCGAACAGAAGCCAUGAUCCUCCUACAGAGACACCCAGACUGCGGGAAUCUUCUGCUACGUCCAGGAAGUGAUGACUCCUGGCUGGCGAUGACCACCUACCAGUACCUCAACGGGCCGGUGUUUAGACACUAUCGCGUGUCUCGGAAACAUGAAGGAGGAUUCACCAUUGAUCUUAAGACACCAGUUUCUUGUGCUACACUACAUGAUGUCGUCCAUUACAUUGUAGAGGAGACGGCUGGAGCCCUAAAACCCUUCACCCUUGAGGAAACAUAUGAGGAUUGCAUCACAUUUGUUCAGUCCAAUGGUGAAAAUGGAGAGACGACUCUAAUAUGUGCCACUGACAGCCCUUGUGCUAAAGUUCCUGCUCCUGUUCUGCCUCCUAAACCCAGCAACCAGUUAUCUGCAGUCUGUGUCCCUUUAAUACGUUCAGCCAGCCCAGAAACACAGUGGGACACAGACCAAAACUUCUAUCUCAACUACAACAGGAAAAAUCAGGAAGAAAGUUCUUCAAAGUCCUCAGACAUUAAUUCUGGAGUCCAGCCUCCCACACCCCCACCUAAGCCAGUGAAGAAGGUGGAGCUACCCUAUCAGAGCUGCUUGGCCACAAACCACUCCGAGGGGCAGAGCAGCUGGGAACAUGAGGAAGAGAGGACUUCAAAAUCCUGCCACCCUAAUUCUGAUGUUCACCCCCCCAGCCUUCCACCUAAACCAGGAACGGAGAAAGCGCCUGAGAAGGUGGCUUUGAUGCCUCCUUCUCUUUCCUCUCGUUCCAAGGUUUCCAGCAGCGAUGCGAAGCCUGUUGCUGUGAAAACCUUCCUCGGUGGAAACCCGAGACUAAAGGAGCUGUCAGAGGAGCUCAAGGAAAUUGUGGGAAAGAGGUCUGCAAAUCAGCUGUGAAUCAACCUGGUGCUUAGAACAACUUAUCGGAACAUUCUGGAAAGAAUCCCUUCAUUGGCCCCAAGCUUCCACACAGUGUGUGUUCCUGACCCUGUGACUUCAGCUGCAUCAGCUUUGCGAGACCCUGGCAUUUCUUAGGAAAGGGGACAAACAUCAGAGGACGUUUACUUGCAGUAAGGUACUCUGCAGUCAGAGGACCUACAAUUCCUUAUUGCAGGUCAAGGAGCAUCGAACAGACACGCUGACCCAGAGACAGUGUGGUAUGCCCACUUCCCUCAUUUUACUGGGCUGCCACGUACAGUCCAGACACUCGGUUAAAGAAGAUUGAUGAGAGAAAUCGAUCUUUGCGAGAGCUGCAGGCUGCUGGGCGGAUUAAGUGCUUGUAAAUCAGCAUGUAAAUGUCACAUUAGAGCUUUUUUCGUCGGUUAGCUAUAUAGAUUUUUACAUACUUCAGUGUUCAUGUUGACAUGUCUGCCUAUGAGUAUUGAGCACAAACAAAUAGCAUUAGGAACGUGCACUUUGUGUACAUAAGAAGAGACAUUAUUGCAAUUUGUACAUUUGCAAUAUUUUGCAUCCUGCUGUGAUUAUCUCCUCACAAAAACAUUGAAUUGGUCAGAGGUUUGAAACACGAUGUACUGUGCCUUUGUAUGUUCACAUAAAAUUAAAAAAGUAUGCAAAUUGCUAAAACUGGAGUAUAAGCAAACACAGAAGUGUAUUUAAAUGAUCAGAGAUUGUAUGCGUAAGUUUAAAGAAUAGUGCAGAAAAACCAACUGAGAGAAUUCUAGUGAUUUACUAUUUGUAUUUAUUUCAUUUAAAAAUGAGCAUUUAAAUAAUUUGUCUGAUUCUGCAGGUCUUUAUCUUACUCCAAAAUACAAACGGAUAGUUCAAGGACGUAAGUGUGCUCUAGGAAAAUGUCUACCUGCAGCUGGUAUUUUCCCAAGUGUUUCCACCCCUGAAU